AUGGCGAGAGGAGGAUUUCGUGCAAACGGUGUCAGACACGCAAGCUGCACCGCCGCCAGAGUCCAAUGUGAAUUCCGUGCCGACGACUGGAAACGAGCCCCAAUAUCGCAUGAGUAUGUUGGUGCGCUAGAAGGGAGGGUCGCCGCGUUGGAACUCUUGCUGUCGAGUAUCAAAACCUCGGCCGCGCCCCAGAGAAGCGCCAUCAUCGAUGGCAUCGAUUUUCUAGACCACUUGCCUGCUCCCGUGCCCAACAUGACUUCGCCUCCCCAGGUAUCGGCAAAGUCCGUGCGUGACGAUGCCCCUCGAGGGUUCUGGGGCGUAGAUGAGGAUGGGGUAGCCGUCUUCCACGCUCCCGGGAGUGCAUAUGGGACUGGCCUUUUCUCAUGCCACGAAUCGAAGCCUGUGUUACCCGCCAAACCACCCCUCGUGGACAACAUCGCCAGCAUCCCCAAGGUUGUCAUCCAGGAAUGUAUCACCUUAUUCUUCAGAUGGCAACACCCUUUCUGCACGCUUGUGGACCACGAUGCACUUCGCCAGGACUGUAGACAUCACCCGAGGACCCCCAUACCUAGACUGUCCGCGCUCCUGCACGUCGUAUGUGCUUUGGGUGCCCUGAUGUCCGACGAUCACAAUGUUCGAGAGUUGGCUGAUCACUUCGCCGCCUCGGCCGAGGAUGCUGUCACGAACAAUAGCUUCUGGCGCCCUCAUAUUGCAACGUCGCAGACCCUGUUGCUGUGUGCCGUCUUUGCCACUGGGAAGGGAAAGGUGUCCAAGGCCUGGAUGUAUUCAGGCAUGGCGCUGCGGAUGACCCAAGAUCUUGGUGUCCACGAGAGCAGCUCACCGCUGUUGCCCGAAGAACAUGCUCAGAGUGCGCUGCUUGUCAACUUGGAGUUGCGGCGGCGCAUGUCUCUAACCUUCACUAUUUCCGAUAAAUUCUUCAGCCUCUUUUUCGGGAGGGCCCCCAUGAAUGAAGACCACUCUUUCGUGUCUGAGGUACCGACUCUCGAUCCUCUGAAUACCAGUUCCAGCUGGGACCAAGCAAACUCCCUAGACGAGGCGGCCUCGGUGUCCCUCUUGCAGCAAAAGGUAGAUCAGCACCGCAAGAACAACUUCGACGACGAUCGAGACCAGUCUCAUGCCUCGACGCUGUUGUUGACCAAGCAAGCGGAACUGGGAAACAUCAUCAAAGAUAUCCAGUUGCAAGUACACUGCAAGAGGAAACUCCACCUCCUCUCCGAGUACUGCCUUCAAGCGCUGUACAACAAGCUGAAUGCCAGACUCUGGAGUUGGUAUGAUUCUCUGCCGGGUGAUAUGCGGUGGAGCCGAUGGAGCUCGAAUCUCGAAGAGGUAGAACCGAGCCUUGCAAAUCUCCACAUGAUCUAUCACACUGCGCGCAUCAGCCUGAACCGGUCCCUCAUCUCCGCUGACGUGCAUGGGACUUCAUCGGAAUAUUCCAAGUUGGUAUUCGAUGCCUUUGAAGCUUGCAAUGGCUCCGUCGAGACGAUCGUGGGAAUAUUCCGUCGCUUCAGUGCACAGCACACCUUGAAGAAUGCGCCACUCAGCUUCGUCCACGGUGCGGUGACCGCGAGCGAGGCGAGUCUGGCCAUGGCUGCAUGUUCUCGCAAAGGCCGCCAUACACAACUGAGUAUCCAGGACACUUGCCUCUCUGCGAUCGAUGCAGCUCUGGCCGACAUGGCCCACGCAUGGGAAAUGGCCAAUAAUGCAAGACAUGGGCUGCGAGAAGGUCUGAGUCGCUGGGGUGUCUCGUUCGACACCGACGAACACUCUACAGCGGCAUCUUCCCCCCAAGGGACAACGACAACCAAUUCACCCAAUUUCUUCUAUCUUCAAAACACCGACACGACGUCGAAUGUCGUGACGACUACCUAUUACAUGCAACCCGGCCUGCCCAAACCCAAUGAUAUAUGGGGAGCACCGCCACUCGAUCUGGAGCUGCUCGCUCAGACCGACAUCGACGCCGGGCUCACCACCAUGUUCCACCACCCGGACGACUCGGACAGCAAUUUCUGGAAUUCUGUCAUCGGGAGUGAUAAUGGGACGCCGUCUUCGACAUCUCCGUCGUCAUCUUCCAGUGGCUCGCGUGCCUCCGCUUACGUGUAUCGGACGUGA